AAAUGCCCGUUCCAGCACACAACUGUGCCACAGACAGCAAACAAAGCACCUAGGCUGUCAUUUCCACAUGAAGAUGAGGUCUCUCUUGGUCUUCUCGCUUGUGCUGAUACUCUGCUAUCUUUGCAGGGCUCAGACAACCAACAUUAACAAUGAUAUCUCGGUUUAAGCCAUUGAGAGCGAGGAAAAGAAGGCUUGGACCCUGAGGCCCACAGCCGAAGGUGAGGGAGGUCAGCAAGCGCAGGAGCUUCAGCCCGACAUCUGGGCCGAGCUGAGGUAUCUGAGAGACAUGGUGGUGGAGCAGAAGGUGGAGCUCAGGCACCUGACGGCCAGAGUGACCGCUGCUGAGAGCCUGGUGGAGGAGCUCAUGACGGAGAAUACAGCCAUGGAGGCCAGGAUGACUGCUGCUGAGAGCCUGGUGGAGGAACUGCAGAGGAAGAAUAACGUGCAAGCCACAGAGCUUGGAGUCACUCAGCAGAGUCUCAGCUCUCUACAGCAAAGACUGACAACCAGCGAAAACCAUCUUGAAGAGUUGGAGAAGCAGCAGGAAGGGCAAAGAGCAGCAGUGCAGGAACUUCAGAAUAACAACACAGUGAAAAAAGUGGCCUUUUCUGCCUCCCUUCUGACAUCCGGUGAAGGCAACACAGAACACACAGAUGUUAUUCAUCUGAUCUUCAGAAAUGUCAUCACCAACAUUGGAAACCACUACAACCCAAACAUAGGUUACUUCAUGGCACCAGUGAGAGGAGCGUAUUAUUUCAGAUUUACUGGGCAUGUAGCACACUCUGGAAGCAGCAUGAGACUGGAUCUUAUCAAGAAUGGAAAUCCUGUUGUUACAGCAGGUGAUCGUCCUACCACAUCUGAAGAUGCUGAGGACAAUGCAUCCAAUGGGGCAGUGUUGCAGUUAGACGCAGGAGAUGUUGUUUCAGUAACACUCGGUGGAAAUGUUUGGGAUGACCAGUACCACCGAACAACCUUUAGUGGCUUUCUGCUCUUUCCUUUGUAAAAUUGCAGCCAUGAGAGCAACAUGUAGGGCCCAGUAUGUGUCAUUUCACAGAUGAGUGCAAAUUUAUUUAUGGGUUUUUAUAACAACAUAAAAAGUGCAUCUUUAUUUUUGUGUUGAAACAUAAGACAUGGUGUAUGGAAAUCGAAAAACAACAAAAUAAAAGUUUGUAAUAAACCCUGCA